AUGGUUCAAUCCACUGUUCAGUUUGGGGGACUACCAACUGAAGACCGAAACAUGCAUCUUGUUAACUUCGUUGAGCUCUGUCAGACAUUCAAGAUGAAUCGAGUUAGUGAUGAUGCAAUCAGACUCAGAUUAUUUCCAUUUUCUCUGAGGGAGCGAGCCAAGAGGUGGAGGAAUCAUCCCAAUUUUUCCUCGAAGAAUGAUCAACAAGGUCAAUCCUCAAAUCAGCAACCACAGCAGUCAUUUCAGGAACCACCUCAAGGGUUCUAUCAACAGAGAUCCAGGCCUCAACAACAACCACCUCAGCCGCCUAUGCAACAACAACAGAAUCUUGUGAGACAGCCUGAUACUCAGUCUGAUGUUCUUAAUCAAUUCAUGACUGAGACGCGGUCUUCUAUUAGAAAUUUGGAGAUUCAGAUGGGGAAUUGGCUACUCUUAUGGCCAACUGUGCUCAAGGCUAUUACAUUGAGAAAUGGAAAAGGGUAUGAAGGGCCAAGCUCAGAACAGUCAGUUGAAGACAAGGGUCAAGAUCAACAAGCACAGGGCACAUUGGAUCAGAAGCAAGAUGAGGACAAGGUUACUAAAGACCUACCAGUCAAGGAAGCUACACCACCAGUCAGUAUUAAUCAUCAUAUUAAUAUUCCCUAUCCUCAAAGGCUCCAUAAGAACAACUUAGAUAAGCAUUUUUCGAAAUUUCUAGAAGUAUUCAAGAAACUGCAUAUAAACAUUCCAUUUGCGGAGGCUCUAGAGAAGAUGCCCAGUUACGUGAAAUUCAUGAAAGACAUCCUGUCUAAGAAAAGAAAAAUGGGAGAAUAUGAAAUUGUGGCAUUAACUGAAGAGUGUAGCGCUAUUCUGCAAAGGAAACUCCCUCAGAAGCUGAGAGAUCCUGGGAGUUUUACUAUACCUUGCACCAUAGGGAAUAUUGAGAGCGAGAAUGCUCUAUGUGAUUUAGGAACAAGCAUUAAUCUGAUGCUGCUUUCAGUUUUCAAAAGAUUAAAGCUGGGGGAAGCAAGGCCUACCAUGGUGACAUUACAAUUAGCAGACCGUUCAUUGGCACAUCCUCGAGGUAUAAUAGAAGAUAUCCUAGUGAAGGUGGACAAGUUUAUCUUCCCAGCAGAAUUUAUUAAAGGUGAGUUGAAGCUAAGAGUACAAGGUGAGGAAGUUGCUUUCAAUGUACUCAGGGCUAUUACUUACUCUGGGGCCAGUGAUAGCUGUUUCUCUAUGGAUGUGGUGGAUAGUCUAGUGGAUGAGAAGAAGGUAGUAGAAGACCCUCUUGAGUUGAGUCUGAUAGAGGAGGAAGUUACUGAAAAAGAUGGGAAGGAAGCCAUGGAGUAUGCGAAGUGGUUGAAUUCUUAUGGGCCUUUGAAGAGGAAGUACUUUGAAGAGCUCGAUUCCGUGCCUACAAGACCAUUGCCUUCAGUUGAGAAGCCGCCAGAGUUAGAAUUGAAGGUAUUUCCUGAUCACUUGCGAUAUGGAUUCAAUUCAAGGUUGAAAUUGUUUCCAGGCAAGCUAAAAUCGAGGUGGUCCGAACCUUUCACUAUUGUUAAAGUGUUCCCUUAUGGCUCAGUUGAGGUAACUUGUGAGAAGACUGGUAAUUUUAAGGUGAAUGGUCAAAGAUGGAAGCCCUACUUGGGUGGUCAUUUUGAUCAGGCCAAAUCCGUCAUCCUCUUGACGUCACAAUGA